GGGCUUUUUGUUUGUCUGUUUUUGUUUUGUGUUUGGAUGCCCUCGAACUCGGUGAGAUCGCUGUGGGGGGAGAGGCGAGUGCCACCGCGCCCGGCUGCCUGGGUGCAGAUCCUUAAACGUGGCAAAGCAGCGCUUCCAACGGGCUCUCCUUCUUCCAAGAAAAGUCACACCGGCUGCCAUGAAGGUGAAAAUUAAGUGCUGGAAUGGUGUGGCCACUUGGCUCUGGGUAGCCAACGAUGAGAACUGCGGCAUCUGCAGGAUGGCGUUUAAUGGCUGCUGUCCGGACUGUAAGGUGCCCGGCGAUGACUGCCCCCUGGUGUGGGGCCAGUGCUCACACUGCUUCCACAUGCACUGCAUCCUCAAGUGGCUGAACGCGCAGCAGGUGCAGCAGCACUGCCCCAUGUGUCGGCAAGAGUGGAAGUUCAAAGAGUGAUGCCUGCGCCACGCCCACUUCCCUCCCCCAGCACUGUACUAGGCUCAGCGCCUUCCCUGCCCAUCACCAGAUCUGGCAUCCCGAGUCCCCUUCCGACAGUGGUGCCCAGGGACCUUGCUCAUCUGAGUCCCCAUCGCACAGUGGUACCCAGCGACCUGUCUCUGCACUGCAGACAAGGAUGCUUUUUGUUUGGCUGAGACAAGGUUGAAACAAGGACUGGAGCUUCACUUGCUCUUUUGUUUUUCCAUCACAUCAUUGACAUUUUUAUUCAAUAAGUAAAACUCAUUAAAGUUCUGAGCCUUGCUGGA